AUGGCUUCCACCGUCGACGGAGGCGCAAAACAAGCGGGUCUCGACUCCAUCCACCGUCUGAAAUCGACAGAACCACCGUUCUUCCUCUCGCCGUCACCGGACCUCUCACAGGCUGCUCGAUCAGCCUCCCAGUACCUAUUCUCAUCUCUGAAGCCAUUCGCUCCCAAAUCUCCGUUCAGCCAGCUCUUGACCGAAGGCUUUGACGCUGAGCAGAUUUGGCAGCAAAUAGACUUGCAAUCCCAGCCCUUACUUCUCUCCCUCCGCCGCCACGUCAAGCAAUUUGAGAAAAACCCUGAAGAGAUUCACAAACAAUUCGAUUUGGAUAGAGAUAGGUUUGCAGACAAUAAAAAAGAAGAGACUGAGACUGAGGAUGGGGAUGGGGAUGACGAUGAUAAAUUAGUGAGCCAAGAAGAUGGAGGAAUUGAUGGUUUAGAGAGUGAGAGUGAGAGGAAGGGCUUUGAUGAAGACGAAGAGGAGGAUGACGAUGAUGAUGGUGAGAUGGAGGACAAAGAAAAUGCAAAUGAAGUAGAAGAUAAAUUUUUGAAGAUAAAGGAAUUGGAAGAGUAUUUAGUUGACGAUGAGGAGAAGGAAUAUGGAUUGAAGAAAGAGAAGAAGAAGAGGAAGAGAGGUGAAAUUAGGGACGACGAUGAAGAUGAAGAGGGUGACCAGGAGGAUGAUGAGGACGAUGAAGAGGAGGAUGAGCUUGGAUUAAUGGGGCUCGAUGAUGAAGAUGAAGAAGAUGGGAACAAGAUGGAAAAUGCAAGGUACGAGGAAUUUUUUGGUGGUAAAAGAACUGGUCAGAGGAAGAAACCUAAAGUAUUUGGUAGAUCCAAUGAUUCAGAUAUGGACUAUGACAACAAUAAUCAGAAGAAAAAUACUCUUUCUACCCAUGAAAAAGAGCUAGAGAAGCUCCGUUCUGAGAUAGAGAUGAUGGAGAAAGCGAAUUUAGACCCAAAAACCUGGACAAUGCAGGGGGAGGUAACUGCAGCUAAAAGACCAAAGAAUAGUGCAUUGGAAGUUGAUCUGGAUUUUGAGCACAAUGUUAGACCUGCCCCUGUGAUAACAGAAGAGGUCACUGCAUCCUUUGAAGAGUUGAUACAAAAACGCAUCCUUGAGGGGCGUUUUGAUGAUGUCCAGAAGCCCCCUACUUUACCAUUCAAAUCUCCAAGAGAAAAAAUUGAAUUGGAUGAGAAUAAGAGUGAAAAGGGCCUUGCUGCACUUUAUGAGGAUGAAUAUGUUCAGAAGACUGGUCUAGUUUCAACAGCAAUGUCUUUCAAAGAUGAGCAAAAGAAAGAAGCAAGUAUGUUAUUCAAGAAACUGUGCCUAAAGUUGGAUGCUUUAUCUCAUUUCCACUUCACUCCGAAACCGGUUAUUGAGGACAUGUCUAUACAAGCAAAUGUUCCUGCCUUGGCUAUGGAAGAGAUUGCACCUCUAGCAGUCUCUGAUGCAGCUAUGCUUGCUCCUGAGGAAGUGUUUGCUGGCAAAGGAGAUGUUAAAGAAGAAACAGAGCUAACAAAGACGGAGAGGAAGAGGAGAAGAGCAAACAAGAAAAGGAAAUUCAAAGCUGAGGCGACAAAACGGAUGGCAAGAAAGGUGCAACAAAACCCAGUGACGAACAGUGCAGCUGGCAAUGAAGAAUCAUGA